UAAAAUGCAAUCAAUACAACUGAAGAAAAUGAUAAGCUACUGAAGAGCAGAAAACAUGCUCAGCUUUUCUCUAAUAAAACGCAUAAAAGGUAAUAAGACAAAAAGAUUGAGUCAAAAUAAUGAAAAAGGAAGGUUUUCAGAAGACAAGGUAUGAUGCAUAUUAACAGUGUUUUGCAGAAGAAUUUAUGGAGAUAAGAAGAGAUAUGUGUACAUGAAUCGAGAAGUAAAGAAGGCCCAGUACAACAACUGCCAGGCUCAGGGGUUCCUUGGAGUAGCAUUAAAGGCUUUCUGACUUGAUCUUCAUUUCACAUUACCAACACCACUCAAAAUAAAGGAGAAAAAGAAUAAAACAAAAAGGAGAGGCAAAUUUAUAAGCAGAAAGUUUCAUUGGAUGCCUUUGAUGAUUUCUGUUGCAAGAACAUGGGUUAUGAUUCUGAGAUUCUCCGCAUGAUCUUCAUCAUCAUAUUCAUGCUUCUAUCAUUACAAUACACCCACAUUUUUGUUGCUGGUUCUGUGUUAAAUGCAGCAGGAGACUUAAAUGCUCAUGGCUUGCUGUACCUCAGAGAGGACAACGGUGAUAGGAUUGAAAACAACAUCCAGAAAGUUUCAGGAGAAGAUGAGAAUGAAGAAAAGGGUGCUUUAAUAGUGGAAAAGUUUAGAGCUUUACUUGGACUGAAGAGCUUCCACAUAAGAAGUCCAUCACAUAGAGGUUCUGAACACUUGUCCCCAUCACCCUCUCCAUCACCAUCCAUUGAACCUGAAGAAGCUCCAGCUCCAGCUCCAGCUCCUGUUCAUGUUCCAAUGCUGCAUAUCCAUGCCCAUCCUCAUCCUCCAUCACACAGGUCAAGUUCAAUCCCACCACACCACAAGAAACAGGAUGGAGAUACAGGCAGAAUAAGAACAAUUCUUAUUGCAACCAUUGUGUCUGCAGGAGCUGCUUUCUUAGUUUGUGCUCUUGGACUCAUCUGGGUCUGCAGGAAACGCAGAAAAGAUAGAAAGAAGCCCUCAAGAAUUGUGUCAGUCUACAGCAAAAAAGGAGGCACCAGAAGUAAAUUAAAGAAUGUGAGUACUCAAAAUUCAGCAAGCAAGGUGAGCCAAAAUACUGGCCUUGAUCUCUUUUACCUUAAUUCAUUAGGUACUGAUUUAGAGCAACAGGCUUGUUAUCUCAAGCAAACUUGUGAAACUGUAAACACAUCAUCAAAUCAUAGCACCCCAAAAUUUACAUUGCUUGAGAGGGAAGAAUCAAAGAAAGAACUUUUAAGGAUAGAAUCCGAUAAUGUCAGUAGUUCUUCCACAAGGGAAAUUACAUCUGUUCAUGAGGAUAAUGAGUCAAUCAAAUAUGAAUCAGAUGGUGGUAACUCCUCAUCUGGUGAUAAAAUUAUUCCCAUGGAUUGUCAUUCCUCUGAUGAUGAAUCCUUCCAUUCUUUUGGAGAAUCACUUCCUUCAAAUGUCAGGCAUUCCAAUGCUUCAGCUGGUUGUCUUAGUGAGACAUCAGAAAUUUUCUCUAAAGAAGAGUCACAUAUUAAGCCUUCCUUGGCCAACUCUACAGAUUUACCAAUGCCUCUAGCUACCCCAGAUCUUGACUCAAUUCGAGAAUCAACUUCACCAACACAAAAUUCACAAUCUCCAAGCAAUAAUAAACAGGAAAAACAAACAUUUGAUUGUUCUUUAGAGUGUCAGAAAAGUUUAAAGUCCCCACCACCACCACCUCCUCCACCUCCACCCCCUCCUCCCCCAUGUGUGACAUUUUUUCCUUCUUCAACUAGAAUUGCAUCUAAAGCUUCAUGUUCUUUCACAUUGCCAAAUAUAUCAUCUCCAAGAAAUUCAGCUUCUUCAUCAGGAUCAAACUUAACUCCACAAAGAGACUUGCCAUCUUCUCCUCAAACCCCUCCAAAACAACCACAAACUCCACCUUGCAUUCCACCACCACCUUGUCCACCUCCUUUUCUGAAAGGAAAGAAUAUCUCUGCCAAAGGCCCACCUCCUCCACCAUCUCUACUGCCUCAAUUUACUCCACUGGGCAAAGAUGGAGCUCCAUUACCAAAAUUGAAGCCACUCCACUGGGACAAGGUUAGAGCUGCCCCUGAUCGUUCUAUGGUGUGGGAUAAGCUGCGGUCAAGUUCAUUUGAGUUUGACGAGGAAAUGAUUGAAUCACUUUUUGGAUACAAUCUACAAAAUUCAAUGAAGAGUGAUGAAGCAAAGAGCAAGACUCCUUCUCCAAGCAAGCAUGUCCUUGAUCCAAAGAGACUACAGAACAUAACUAUAUUGUCAAAAGCCUUGAAUAUGUCUGCUGAGGAAGCAUGUGAAGCACUAAUACAAGGGAAUGGCUUGUCUUUGCAACAACUGGAGGCAUUAGUGAAGAUGGUACCUAACAAGGAAGAAGAGGCUAAGCUCUGUAGCUAUAAAGGAGACAUUAAUGAACUGGGGUCUGCUGAGAAGGUUCUCAAACUAAUUCUUAGGAUACCAUUCGCCUUUCUACGAGUUGAAGCCAUGCUCUACAGAGAAACUUUUGAAGAUGAGGUGGUUCACUUGAGGAACUCUUUUUCAAUGCUGGAGGAGGCGUGCAAAGAACUUAGAUCAAGCAGGCUUUUCUUAAAGCUACUUGAAGCCGUGCUCAAAACAGGCAACCGUAUGAAUGUUGGAACAAUCAGAGGAGGUGCUAGAGCAUUUAAGCUUGAUGCCCUCCUUAAACUUGCUGAUGUGAAAGGAACUGAUGGCAAAACUACCUUACUACACUUUGUCGUUCAAGAAAUUAUCCGGUCAGAGGGAAUUAGAGUUUCAGAUAGCAUUAUGGGGAGGAUCAGCCAGAAAAAUAAAAGUAAAACUGCUGAAGAGAAGGAAGAAGAUUACAGAAGAAUGGGCCUAGAUCUUGUUUCUGGUCUAAGUACUGAACUCUACAAUGUGAAAAAGACAGCUGCAAUUGACUUGGAUGUUAUUGCAACCUCUGUAUCAAACCUAUCAGAUGGAAUGGCUAAACUGCAACAUCUAGUACAUAAAGACUUGUGUAGGGAUGAACAAAAUGCGAACUUUGUCAACUCAAUGAGAUCCUUCCUAAAUUAUGCAGAGAAAAAUCUGAAAGAGUUGCAGGGUGAUGAAAAUAUGGUCCUUACACAUGUCAAAGAAAUUACUGAGUACUUUCAUGGAGACGUGAGCAAAGACGAAGCCAACCCACUUCGAAUAUUUGUCAUUGUGAGAGACUUUCUGGGGAUGUUAGACCAUGUUUGCAAAGAGCUUAGAAGCUCUAAAACCCCACGUAGUCCCAAUCCUCUGGCACCAUUCCGGUAGGCUAAAUUACUUGGUGUGUUCAAGAGAUCGAUACAGCCCAUUACCAAUCAGGUUGUAACAUUUUUUUUAAUAUUUUUUAUUUUUUUAUGUAGAGCUUUGAAAUAUGUAGAUUGAAUUGUUUGCAAUGGUUGAUUUUAAGGGACUGUUGGGUUGAAUUGAGUAGAGUAGACUGAAAUGUUAUUUGAGGAAAUGCAAUGACAAUUAAUAGUAUAUUGAAACACCUAAAUGCAGAUCCAAAUUAGAAUUCACAUGUUA